GACCAUCUGACCGCCAUCGUGAGUGCAAAUCGCCCUUCUAAGUUGCACGAUCGAUUAUGCGUCGUGGUGCGCUAUUUUUUUUCGCGAGUUUUCUCGUGGGAUUUACAGCUACGUACGUUGUCUGGGCGCAAGAUGUGCAGAAUCAGAAUGAUGCGUUAAUAACGACAACGACGACAGUGAUCACGGUCAAUGACACUACUAUAGAUGAAAAAAAGUCCGACAGCUCGAGUUCAUCUAGCGAGGAGAAAGUUGCUGAUAAGCGUACAAGGAGAGACUUGUACCUUAGCAGUAAAUGGAUGUCUCUCGAGAACGAGGAGCAGUUGGAAGAAACGAAGGAAUUUGAGCGUGUGAGACGUGCAACCAAGCGGAAGAAAGAUGACGACGAUGACAACAGUAGCUCUUCCAGUGAUGACGAUGACGAUCAUGAUGAUGAUGAUGAUAAUGGUUGUAAGAAACGAUUCGUGAAAUCGAAGAACGAUGAAAGAAAUGAUGACGACGAAAAGUGUGAUUGUGACAAUAAUGAUGAUGAUGAUGAUGAUGAUGAUGAUGAUAAUCAUAAAAAGAAUAAAAAACAACGCGGAAAAUCAAAAAAGGAUAAUGACAAUGACGAUGAAAAUUGUGAUGAUGACAAUGACGACAAUGAAGACAACGGUGGUGAUGAUGAUUCAUCUUCGUCUUCUUCAUCAUCCUCAGAAGAGGACGAGAGAAAACGAGGAAAAAGGCAUAUUAAAGAGGAUACUUUGCAAAGUAUAUCAUCGUCCGAAGAAAAGAAAAAUAAACAAAAAGAUCAAUUUAUCCAAACGAUUCAGGAUGCAUCAAACAGCAAUUCGUCUGAAGAAGAGAACAAUCCGAAAAGUCGACUUAUCAGAGGGGUCAAGGUUAACACGGAAAGUGGAUCGUCAUCCGAAGAGGACAAGCCGAAGAACUUGCGAUUUAUCCGAACGACUGAGGAUACUUCCGGAAACGACUUGUUCAAGGGGAAGAACAAACCGAAGAAUCGAUUUGUCAGAAUGGUCGAAGAUACUUUGGACAAGAGUAAAUCAUCGUCCGAAGAGAAGGACAAACUGAGGAAUCGAUUUGUCAGAAUGCUCGUUGAUACUUCGAAAGAGAGUAAAUCGUCCUCCGCGGAAAGGAAUAAACCGAAGAAUCGUCUUGUUCGGUCAACCGAAGAUUCGUCGAUGAGAGAAUCGUCGUUUGAAAAAACGGGCGAAGCCCCUUUCUUUAUUCGCGCUUACAAAGUUGAAGAUGUCAGUCAACCGCAGCGUACCAUAAAGCAAAUCGACAUACCGCACAAUCGAGUGAUUCGGUCGAAGAAUGACAAGAAAGAGAAGACGGAGAAGAAGAAAAAGAAGAGUACAAAGAAUACAAAGACGAAGCGCCAUUGCACGCCUAAGGCGACUACUGUGAAAGCAGAUAUCUUAGAUCAAACGACGCUACCAUCGGAACAUCUUCCGGUUUGAUAGGAUUAAUUUUCGUACCAUAUUUCUUUAACGUUAAAAAUAUAUAAUAAUACACAAAGAGAUUGCAUCACGUAAUUUAGAAUAAAUAUUGUUACUUGUGUGAGAUUAGCUAAACUCUUUAAAUCAUAUUACAUGCACUCA